AGUUCCCGGCGGCCCCAGGGGCGGGCGGUCGGCGGCGGCGCUUGUGGGGUUUGCUCGCUCGCUCGCUCGCUGGGCGAGCGGGCGGCGCGAUGUCUGGGGAGGAUGGCCCGGCAGGCGGUCCGGGGGCCUCGGCGGCAGCCCGCGAACGGCGGCAGGAGCAACUGCGACAGUGGGGGGCGCGGGCGGGCGCCGAGCCGGGCGCCGAGCCGGGCGCCGAGCCGGGCCUCAGGGAACGGCGCGCCCGCACGGUCCGCUUCGAGCGCGCCGCCGAGUUCCUGGCGGCCUGCGCGGGCGGAGACCUGGACGAGGCGCUGCUGAUGUUGCGUGCGGCAGAGCCGGGCUCCUGCGCCGAGCCAGACCCAGACCCCGCCGCCCCGCCGCCCGCCCUCGCCGUGCUCGACUCCACCAACGCCGACGGCAUCAGCGCCCUGCACCAGGCCUGCAUUGACGAGAACCUGGAGGUCGUCCGCUUCUUGGUGGAGCAGGGCGCCACCGUGAACCAGGCGGACAACGAGGGCUGGACGCCCCUGCACGUGGCCGCCUCCUGUGGCUACCUGGACAUCGCCAGGUACCUCCUGAGCCAUGGGGCCAACAUCGCUGCUGUCAACAGUGACGGGGACCUGGCCCUGGACCUGGCCGAGUCGGAUGCCAUAGAGGGGCUGCUGCAGGCGGAGAUCGCUCGCAGAGGUGUGGAUGUGCAGGCAGCCAAGCGGGCGGAGGAGGAGCUGCUGCUUCAUGACACGCGGUGCUGGCUGAAUGGGGGCGCCAUGCCCGAGGCCCGGCACCCACGCACGGGGGCCUCUGCCCUGCACGUGGCCGCCGCCAAGGGCUACAUCGAGGUGAUGAGGCUCCUGCUGCAGGCCGGCUAUGACCCGGAGCUCCGAGAUGGGGAUGGCUGGACCCCCCUGCACGCGGCAGCCCACUGGGGUGUGGAGGACGCGUGUCGCCUGCUGGCCGAGCAUGGCGGGGGCAUGGACUCGCUGACCCACGCGGGGCAGCGGCCCUGUGACCUGGCAGAUGAAGAGGUGCUGAGCCUGUUGGAGGAACUGGCUCAGAAGCAGGAGGACCUUCGACACCAGAAGGAAGCUGGCCGGAGCAGAGGCCAGGAGCCCCAGGUUCCAUCCAGCAGCAAGCACAGGCGGAGCUCUGUGUGCCGCCUGAGCAGCCGCGAGAAGAUCUCCCUGCAGGACCUGUCCAAGGAGCGCAGGCCAGGCGGGGCAGGGGGGCCGCCCAUCCGGGACGAGGAGGAAGGGGAAGAGGGCCAUCCCGAGCCGCCCCCUGCAGAACCCAGAGCCCUCAAUGGCGUGUCCUCCCCGCCCCUCGCCAGUCCCCCGAGCCCUGUGCUGCCUGCCGCCGCCACUGCUGCACCCUGCUCUCAGCGUUUUGGCCUCCAGAAGACUGGGAGCUCUGGGGCUUUGGGGCCUACAGAGAGGCGGGGGGCCGAGGCAGCCACUGGGGCUGGGCUGCAGCGCUCGGCCUCCUCGUCCUGGCUGGAAGGGACCUUGGCGCAGGCCAGGGAGCCCUGUCUUGCCGGGAUUCCCCCCACUCUCUCCCGGAAGACCCCGGAGCCCUGUCCCCUGUCUGGGGUUGCCAGGCCCCCACCCACCUUGUAUAACUGCACUCCUCCCUCCAGCAGGGAGCUGGGGUCCCCAGCGAAGCCAAAUGUCCCCCCAGCCUCCACCCCGGCCCCAGCGGACUCCCGUGACCGGCGGAGGUCCUACCAGAUGCCUGCACGGGAUGAGGAGUCCGAAUCCCAGCGGAAAGCGCGCUCCCGCCUCAUGCGCCAGUCUCGGAGGUCCACACAGGGCGUGACUCUGACAGACCUGAAGGAAGCAGAGAAGGUGGCAGGAAAGUCCACUGAGGCAGCGAAGCUGUCUCUGCGGGGCCUGGACCCUUCCCCGAGGCCCAGAGUCCCUGGAGUGGAGAACUCUGAGGGCCCUGCCCGGAGAGCAGAGGCGCCUGAUGGGCAGGGCCAGGGACCACAGACUGCCAGGGAGCCCCGCAAGGCUGGCAGGGAGCGGUGGGGGCCUGCGGAGGGGGAGGAGGCGGAGCCCGAGGAGCACAGCUCCGAGUGCAGCAACCGUGUAGAUGCCCUCGUGGCCCGGAGGCCUCGGCCGAAGCAGAACCUCACCCCAGAGCCCGAGCUGAAACCAGAGGAGCCAGACGGGGGCUUCAGGAAGCUGUACUCGGAGCUGCGCAGGGAGAACGAGCGGCUUCGAGAGGCCCUGACCGAGACCACACUGCGGCUGGCACAGCUCAAGGUAGAGCUGGAGCGGGCCACACAGCGGCAGGAACGCUUCGCAGAGAGGCCCGCCCUCCUGGAGCUGGAGAGAUUUGAGCGCAGGGCCCUGGAGCACAAGGCUGCCGAGCUGGAGGAGGAGCUGAAGGCCCUGUCUGACCUCCGCGCUGAUAACCAGCGGCUCAAGGAUGAGAAUGCAGCACUGAUCCGAGUCAUCAGCAAGCUGUCCAAGUGACGCUGGAGGACUCGCCCGCACCCAUAUUUAUACAGCUGCUUUGCCACACGCACCCUUCCCACGGGAACACGAGUGACGGCUCUGGGGAAGCCGCCGAGAAGCCAUAGACCCCAUGAGGGACCCGAGGGAAGCACAGGUCCCCAGGGCCUGGGGUCCGCCAGAGGCUGGACGGAGGGGAGGCUGAGCCAGGUGGGGGGAUGUCGCUGAGGGGCCAGGAAGGAAGCAAGGCCAGUAGCCGAGGACCAGAGGGGCCGCCCGGGGUCCCCGCCUCACGUGUGAUGCCACCCCAGCACCCUCCCCUCCUGAGCAGGGUCCAGGAAUGUGCCAGGAGUCCCGCCGGUCCCCCGGUGGGCCUUUAUGUAGGGUCCAUGUGCAAUAGGAGGGACGUCUUCUAUUUUUUGCUGCCCCCUCACUGACUGUUGUGUGAGGAGGGGGAGAAGGUAUUUUCGAGACAAAGCACAGGCACCACAAAUAAAAGUCGUGAUGUUGCCACUCAA